AUGAGGAGAUUUUCCACGGCUGUCAUUAUCACUGACCCUCUGGUUAAAUACCAGUCCCUGGUAGCCGCUGGCAUAUACUCUCCCGAUCCGGCCCAACACCGUCUAGCACGGCAUUUACACAAGAUAUAUAUCCGUAUAAAGGACUACGCUCCCCAGGCCGAAUAUCGCCAGCGGUUAGAUCAAGUAGCCCGUCUCACCGAGCCAAAAAAGCCGCCGCAAGAAGAAACCGGAGAGGGCAUACUAGCACUGCGGCACCACGCAAUAUGGCGGAAUCCCAUAUUCAAGCAUCUACUCAACACGCCUGAGGGCAAAGAGAGUCUUGCUCUUACCCGAGUUCUUACCAAUCAUCAAACAGCCAUUGACAUCGAUUCUCCUAAGGGACUAUUUCUGUCGGGAGAAGUUGGCACUGGAAAGUCCAUGCUUCUCGACUUAUUGGCUGAGGGCUUGCCCACACAGAAGAAGAAGCGAUGGCACUUCAACACAUUUAUGCUCUACACAUUAUCGCAGCUUGAGAAGCAUCGAAAGUCUAGCCCCACGGUCUCGGAUACAGCCGCAGAAUAUUCGCUUCUCUGGAUGGCCAAGAAACUCGUUGACGAGUCUCCAAUCCUCUUCCUAGACGAAUUCCAGCUCCCAGACCGUGCUGCCAGUAAGAUUCUCAGCAACUUAUUCGUUACCUUUUUCCAGCUUGGCGGAGUCCUCGUUGCGUCAUCAAACCGGAUGCCUGAGGAGUUGCAGAAAGCUACGGGCAUUGAUUACGCUCCGACGUCGAGAGGUCUCAUGGGAAAGAUAUUUGGGAGUGCGACGCGCAAUCGAGGAGAGCUUUUCGGCGAAACGAGUGAUUUCGCUGCAUUUCUAGAAGUGCUCAAGGCCAGAUGUGAUUUCUGGCAGAUGGAGGGAGCCCAAGACUGGCGGCGGAGAGAAGAAGACUCCAGCCCUCAUGCUCCUGUGAACCAGCUAGAGGAUGUUAAUGGUGUCUUGCACUCCGCCACAGUAGAGGAGGGGAAAGAAGAUGAGAGCAAGACCCAAAAGAGGCCACACUACUAUUAUCUCUUCGAUGAAGAUGAUCAAACGUUUGCUCAGAAAGUCCAAGAGGCCGUUUUAGGAUCCACCACCGAGAUAAUCCCAUGGGAGCCGUCUAAACUCAUCGUCUACGGCCGUCAAAUUGUCACACCACGCCACUACAAUGGCGUCGUCUUCUGGACCUUUGAUAAACUCGUCGAAUCAUUCGGCCCAGCAGAUUAUCUCACAAUGGCGUCCACUUAUCACACAUUCAUCAUCGACCGUGUUCCCAUAUUGACGAUACUGGCCAAAAACGAGGCCAGGCGAUUCAUCACCCUCCUCGACGCCAUGUAUGAAGCUCGCUGCAAGCUCACCAUCCGCGCCGAAAACCCUCCCGACGACCUUUUCUUCCCGGAGACAUCGCUGCCCGCAAGCUCAUUAGGGGGAUCCAAUCAAGGUAGUGACGAUGCAACUUACUCCGAAACCGUGGCCGAGGUCUAUCAAGACCAAAUCUCCCCCUUCCGCCCCAACGUGUCGUAUUACGACACCAGAUCUGCCACGUCAAAGUACGAUCCGGACCAGGAUUCUGACUUUGGCUUGCAGAAGCGGCCUGUGGAUUUUGCUAACACGGGUGCCUUUACGGGAGAAGACGAGCGCUUUGCUUACAAGAGGGCUGCGUCACGGCUAUGGGAGCUAUGCAGCGCGAGGUGGCAUGCCAGAACAGGAGACUGGUGGCAGCCUUUGACAAUGGAGGCACGCCACUGGGAAGGGGGAGCGGCGUCAAAGCCAUAUCAGGUGAAGCCCAUGGCGAAGCAGAGCGUGGAUAGUGCUGAGAAGAUGGGUGAGAGUGUGGAGGUAGAAGAAGUUGCCGGGCUAUCGAAAUGGAGAAUUGAGCAUCUGAAGAAGCAGAGCGAAGACAUGGGGUGA